CCACCAGCCCGCCGCCGGCCAUGCCGGAGCUGAUGGAGAUGAUGGAGGAGAUCGUGAAGCACCGUCCGCCGGAGCUGAUGGAGGAGAUUGUGGAGGAGGUGCUCCUCCGCUUCCCGUCCGAAGACCCCGCGAGCCUCGUCCGCGCCGCGCUCGUCAGCAAGCGGUGGUGUCGCCUCGUCUCCGGCCGCGGAUUCCGCCGCCGGUUCCGCGAGUUCCACCGCGCGCCGCCACUGCUGGGCCUCCUCUGCAACCGCGCCGACGACGCCCGCUGCAUCCCCACGUGCUCCUUCCGCCCGCCCCGCCGAGCGCCGCGGCCUGCGGGCCGCCCACUCGUGCCACGGCCGCGUCGUGCUCCACCACGCGCCCUGGGGUGGCGGCGACGCCCGGACGGAUCUCCUCGCCGUAUGGGAUCCCAUCACCGGCGAGCAGCGGGAGCUUCCCGUGGUGCCCCUGGCCCUGCGGACCUGGAACGCGGCCGUGCUCUGCGCCGCCGGCGACCGCUGUGACCAUCUCGACUGCCACCGCGAUCCUUUCCUCGUCGUCCUCGUGGGGACCUUCCACCACUGGACGCUCCCUUGCGUCUACUCAUCCGAGACCGACACGUGGAGCGGCACCAACUUCGCGAGCUAGUGCUCCUAUGGCUCCUUUGAGGUUGGGGACACUAGUGUGCUCGUCGGCGGCGCGAUCUACUUCAAAUGUCACAAGGAAAGAAGAAUCCUCAACUAUGAUUUGGCGACAGCAGAAAUGUCCAAGAUUCGCCUACCAAAAGGCGCUGGCGAGGGUGUUGUGCUCAUGGCUACAAAGGAUGGCAGGCUUGGAUUUGCCAUCGUGCGAUAGGGCUAGACUCUACCUUUCGUCAAGAGAGCAUGGUCCUGAUGAUGGGGAUGCAGGAUGGGAACGAAGCAGGGUCAUUGAGCUCGGUGCGCUACUCCCAUAUGGUGCCAUCUUGCCUCAGGUGGCUGGAUUUGCAGAGACCGGAGGUGGAGUCAUUUUCAUAUGGACAGGUGCCGGUUUUUUCAGUAUCGAUCUGAAGUCUGGGAGGAGCAAGGAGGUAGGGGAGAGCUGCGGCUUCGAUCGCUCUGUUGUUCCCUACAUGAGCUUCAGCACUCCCGGUACAGAUUUGAUCGGUUUUUAAUUUCUCCAUUUGUAGAACGAGUAAUAUUUUAGUCAUUAACAUGAAAAUAUAUAUGGUCGGUUGUAUAUCUUCUGUUACUGUUAUGGACCGUACCAGGAAUUGACUAGAUGUUCAUAUAUUGAAAAAGGGAACUUUAUUCAUCCUUAGAAUGUACAUAUAGAGAAGGAGAGAUAUUUACUAUAAGGUUGUAAUACCUACAUGAGGCGGCGCAGU